GUAAGAUAUAGGGUUAGGGUUUUGCAGUUUGCACACUUCCAGAGUUUUUUCAAGUACGUACAACAGAAAGAGGAAGAGAUGUGGAGAUCAAUGGCGGCAAGAUCCAGGCUGUUGAUGGUAGCACGGGAAUUCGGUGCUACCCAAAUGAACCAGGUUCUAUGUCGUAAACCUUUCCAUUCCUUCCCCAAAGCAUCACUCUCUCCAAUCCUUCAUCGUUUUUUCUCCCAUUCAUCCGCGAAUCCAAGCGAUGAUUCUUCCCCUGGUUUCACAGAAAAUGGGGAUCCCCAGUUGGAUUUCAUCGCUGGGAUCGAGACUAGCGACACCCAAGUUCCCUCUUUCGAGGGUCUUGCAGUUGAUGAGACCGGAAUGGACAAUUUCGUAAUCGGAGAUUCAAAAAUUGACAUGGAAGAAGAAACCCAAGCUUAUGAGAUUGAUGGUAACAAGUUAGAAAACGUGUUGUCUUUAUUGCAAAGUAGAGUUGAUGGGUCUUUAGAAUCUAAUCUUAAUGCUAUGGAUUUGGAUUUACAUGAAGAUUUCGUUGUUAAAGUUGUUGAAACUCCGUAUAUUUUGGGUGAAAAUUUGAUUAGGUUUUUGAAAUGGGUAAUGGAGAAACCUGGGUUUAAUGUGACUGCUACUGUUGUUGAUUCACUUGUUAAGGUUAUUUGUAGUGAUGCUAGGAUGAAGAAUGCUUAUGAUUUGUGGGAUUUGGUUAAGAAAAUUGGGGAGAAAAGGGAUGGGGUUUUGAAUGUGGGUGUUUUAAAUGAGUUGAUUGCUUUGUUUUCGAAGUUGGGUAAAGGGAAGGCAGCUAUGGAGGUGUUUGAUAAAUUUGCGGAUUUUGGGUGUGUCCCGAAUGAAGAUAGUUUUUAUUUCACUAUUGAAGCUCUAUGUCGACGGUCUUUUUAUGAUUGGGGUUGGUCUGUGUGUGAAAAGAUGCUCGGUGAAGAGAGCUUGCCGGAUGGUGAACGGGUUGGGAAGAUUAUAUCUUGGUUUUGUAAAGGUGGUAAGGCUAAGGAGGCUCACACGGUUUAUUUGUCGGCCAAGGGGAAAAACAAGGUUCUUCCUCGUUCUUCUGUUAAUUUCUUAAUCGGUUCACUCUGUAAGAAGGAUGAAACGGUGAAGUUAGCUUUGGAGAUGUUAGAUGGAUUCUCCGGAGAUGAAAGGAAAUAUGCAAUCAAGCCGUUCUCGGCUGUUGUACGUGGUCUGUGUAGGACGAAAAAUGUUGAUGAAGCCAAAAACGUGAUUCUUAGAAUGAUUGAAGAAGGGCCGCCUCCUGGAAACGCGGUUUUCAAUUCAGUUGUCAAUGGAUAUUCAAAGGCAGGAGAUAUGGAAAAAGCAAAGGAGGUGAUGGAACUGAUGGAGACUAGGGGGUUGAAACCUGAUGUUUACACAUACACUGUCGUAAUGAGUGGUUACGCAAACGGUGGCCAAAUGGAUCAAGCUUGUGAAGUAUUGUCAGAAGCCAAGAAAAAACAUACUAAGCUGAGUCCGGCAACUUAUCACACUCUAAUUCGUGGAUACUGCAAAAUCAAAGAGUUUGACAAGGCUUUGAACCUAUUGGCCGAGAUGAAAGAUUUCGGUGUCCAACCUAAUGUCGAUGAAUACAAUAAAUUGAUCCAAUCUCUUUGCUUAAAGGUCUUAGAUUGGCAAACAGCUGAGAAACUAUUCGAUGAAAUGAAGGAAAACGGCUUGUAUCUUAAUGGAAUCACCCGAAGUCUUAUAAUGGCAGUUAAGGAGCUCGAAGCAGAAGGAACAGACAUCAUGGAAUCAACCACUAAAGCUUAAAACUCAUUACUGAUUUUAGGGAAAUGGAUGUAGCAUGCCCUACCUUAUCGACAAUAGAUGAAAAGGUGAGGCAUAUUUACUUUGAAUCAAUUGAGACCAUGUGUUUAUUUAAUUUGUAGGGAUGCAUUUUUGGGGGUUCUUUAUACUUUAAAAUUGGAACACAACUUUUCUUGUAGAAUUGGUUUUUGUUUCCUUUUGCAAGUGAGAAUAAGCAAAGACAAUGGUUUCAAGUCAAUAUGUGUCAAUUUAUAUUAGAAAUUCUAUUUGUUAUUUAUAUUGUUUAA